AUCACUUUGAGUGGACAAAGAUGACAUUCUGUGAGUACAGCAAAACGGGCCAAGAUUUUGUAAAAAAAAAAAAUUGAAAUGUAUUUUAAAAUGUAUUUGUUUAUAAAAAAUGUCAGGUCCAAUCUGAAGGGUGCCUGAAAGCACAAUGGAUAGAAAUCAUAAACGGUUGAGAAUAAUUCUUCAAAAAGUAAGUCUCAUAAGUGAUUAAAUUUUUUUUUGUUGUUAAUUCUGGGGCUUUCUCUCUUGAUAUGUAAUGGGGCUAUCUUCUUGGUAGUAUAGCCUAUAUGCUGUAAAAACAGAUUGGCAUGAUUUAUAGUUGGAAAAGUGGGCAUAAUAAUGGAGGGCUUAAGUUAAAUGUAUUUCCUUAUGAUCCUGUACCCCAGGCUAGGACCCUCCAAGCUAGUGCUGGAGAGCAGGUGCUCCAGACAGACGUCAUUUCUGCUGGCCAUGAUGGAGUAAGGCUGCCAGCCCUGGGAGACUGCCCCAAGGACAGCCCUCUAAAGGUAAGAAACAGCUUUUAGUUCUGAUGCAAAACGUCUGGUUGUAACGGAGACCAGUUGGUUGUAAUCUAGUAAUAUGAUGUGUUGAAAACCAGUUUACAACGAGAUAAUAACACCAUUAAGACACAUGGACCACCUACUAGUUAGAACUAAUAGUAUUGGAAUUCUGAUUGUAAAUAUAAGGUUAUGAUUUAUAGUUGGAAAAGUGGGCAUAAUAAUGGAGGGCUUAAGUUAAAUGUAUUUCCUUAUGAUCCUGUACCCCAGGCUAGGACCCUCCAAGCUAGUGCUGGAGAGCAGGUGCUCCAGACAGACGUCCAUUCUGCUGGCCAUGAUGGAGUAAGGCUGCCAGCCCUGGGAGACUGCCCCAAGGACAGCCCUCUAAAGGUAAGAAACAGCUUUUAGUUCUGAUGCAAAACGUCUGGUUGUAACGGAGACCAGUUGGUUGUAAUCUAGUAAUAUGACGGGUUGAAAACCAGUUUACAACGAGAUAAUAACACCAUUAAGACACAUGGACCACCUACUAGUUAGAACUAAUAGUAUUGGAAUUCUGAUUCUAAUUCUAAGGUUAACCCUUAUGUGACAUGUCACUUAGUACCACCAUGCCUAUGGUGAAAUAGGUGGUUUCUAUGGUGAUAUGAUUUCCCCACUGUUGUUAUAUGUCUCAGAACCUUGUGCCGAAGCCCCCACAAGGCCCCAGGCCCAGCCGAGAGGCCAAUAUAGCAAAGGCAGAAAAGAAGGCCAGAGAGGUUAUCAAGGCUAAAAAGUCUAGGGAGGCUAAGUCAGGGGUGAUAUACGCAAGACGCCAAGUAGUUGGUGUGUUGGCACUGCCUCAAACUCUUAUAUCUCGAACAACCAGUUACAGUGAGUAUUGAUCUCCACUUCCAAAAAUCUUGGAUUUUUUGAUGCAAUUCUAAAAGGAUAUAUGGUGGAAGGAUCCACUAUUAUCUACGACUCUCCUCUUUCUGUAGGUGUCCUGCCAGCUAUCAAGAAGGGCACUAAAGUUACUCAAAUGGAGACAACAGAAACCCCAGGUCCCCUGACACCUAAUGAUGGGGAGAUAAUGAUCUCCUCUACAUCUGUUGAUGACCUCCUGACCCCAAAGAGUGAUGUGACGUCCGAGGCUAAGAGCGAUGAUGCCUCCUGUCCAAUUUCACCUGAGGCGUUCUCUCUAACGAACUUCCUGAAGUCUCACCCUCAGAGAAAGCUUAUCAGGAAGUUCCUCAAACAAAUGAACGUGACAAUAGGCGACCUGGACGAAAUCAUCGAGUGGGUGGUGUGUGUCUCCAGUGAGGUGUUCCUCCCAGUGAUGGCUCUGCACAGGACCUCCAGACCAGAGUCGUCAGACUCGUCCCACUGGGGGUCAGGUGUGCUCCAGAUCGUCUCUGAAAAGUUCCACCAGCGGAGUUCUGAGCCGAAGGGAAGGCUCCUGGGCGGACAGCCGCCCACUCCCCCUUCUGAGACCGACAAGGAGCUUCAGGGCAUAGCAGAUCUGUCUGUGAGUAACAUCCUGAAAAGGGCCCAGGAGGACCUCUUCUCUUCUGGUGAGGAUGACCUGGAGAACACCCAUCCAGGUAUUACUCUGACAGAAGAGAAGCUCUCCAGCAUCUUCUCAGAGCUGUUCAGGGAUGCCUGUGAGAGUGCCCAGGAGGCCGCCAGACGGAUCCACCACAUGAGGUCUGGAAGAGGCAACAACAGCCAGAAUGGGAGUUGGCCUGGGUCGUCACAGGGAUCGAGCAAAUCCAACAUGCCAGAGUUGGGAGAACUGGGGUCAGUGAGGAGUCCCAAGGGAAGUGACGUCCAUAAAGUCCUUAGCGAGGGGUCCCUCCCUGUCUUUGCCCUGUUUGAGGAGAGGCCAGGGGAAGUUGGGGAGACCAGCAGCCCUGCUGGGGAGAUGGACGAGACACAGACUGCCAGCACUCCCAGCAUUCCCCGGUCUGGGCAUGGCGGCAGAAGGAGUAGCCAGACCACCACUCCCACCCCCGGCCACAGAGAGGCAGGAUUCACAGCCAGUAACAUCUUUGAUGUUAUUAUUCAUCUGGCGCACUCUGACACUGACCGGGAACUCCACCAGGAGUUCAGCAGUGAGGAUGAUGUUUCACUGAAUGACAUCAUGGACAUGAAGUCAACCCUGGCAGUGGAGCCCCUGGGUCAGAUCCUGUCCUCAUGGAAGCUGGUCAACAUGAUCUUCAGGGGGAAGGUCCACUACUUUGGGAAGGAUCUCAUCUGCAAGGUGUAUCAGAUGCUUCUGGACACCGGUAUGGGCAGGAGGCCAAUGGCCCGCCAGAGCAGGUCCGAGCCCAUCCUGAAAGACCUGGCUGCCAACCGUAGGCUCUCCAAUGAAUUCUUCACAGACGUGCUGUACAUGUUCAUCCAACGGGCCAUUAAGAAUCUGCUGGAGAACUUCUUGGGUCUGCCGACCACCCCACCAGGCAGAGACAUAAUGUGGAAUGACAACUUUAACUGGAUGUAUAGGGACGGCUGGGGGAACACCCCCACAUCCAGCGAGGAGGAAUUGUGGGACAGCGACUCCACCUGGUCAAGUGGGCAUGGGGAGGAGGAAGGGACAGAGUCCCGUGGGAGGUGGGCCGCUCUGUUGGAGAAGGGCAGCUUACUGACCCUCCAUUCCUCCAGCUCCCUCUCCCUCUCCGAUGACAACAAGGAGGCACUAGGGGCCGUCUGCCAGGUCCUGACCACCAGGGUGGGAGACAUCCUGAACAGUACCUGCAACGACGAUUGCAAGGCCAGGCUCAUCAUCCAGAAAGGAUUGGAUUCCGGUGCCAGGGAAAGGUUCCCUGACUCUCCGUGUCCCUCUUCACCCAAGGACGAAGAGGAGGUGGUUGUGAGUGCCAUGACUGUCUCAUACCCUAAACCCUCCACCUCAACCCAGGCAGCAUGGGCAGCUCCUGCCCAGACUAUGGACGUUUUUCUGCCCAGACCAUGCCUGGAUGAAGAAGAGGUAGUGCCCAGCACCUCCUUGAAGGACAACUCUGUGACAACCACCCAUGCAGCACUGGCAGCUCCUUCCCAGAGCCUGGAAGAAGAGGUGGGAGAAGCUGAGGUGUCCCACGUGAGUGAGAGCUCCCUGAUGCCCACCAAGGCCAUUGAGAAGAUUCCCUCCCUCCUACCAGGCAAGAUCCUUAUCGAGGAGGACACCCUCAGUUGCAGCACUCCCUGGGCCACCGUCAUGAGCCCCCAGACCCUGAAGUUCAUCCUCCACGGCAUCAUGUGCCGACUGGAGGCCUCAGAGUCCCCCCAGACAAGGAGGGCCAAUGACCCCUUCAGGCUGAUGAAGGAUCUCUUUCUGGAGGUCCAGCAUGCCCUGAAGUAUGCUGACAUCUCUGUCCUCUUUGGCCUGGAGGAGAGCAUCCAAUUCAUUGGGGAGGAUGCGGUGAAGGCCAUCGUGAAGACUGCAGCUAAAAGAUUGUCCCUGCGUUCGGACUCCAACCGGGCUCAACUGCAUGCCGCGCGCUCUGGUGGUGAGGCAGCCAUCAGGCGCAUGGCGGACACCAUCACACAAGUCAUAGAUGACUAUUCCGAGGACUGGAGUUCCGGUGGCCAUUUUGGAGCCAGGAGGAGCCGUGCUAGUGGGAGGUCACACUCCUCAACCUCCUCAAGGAGUGACGUCACCCUCACCGAGGAGCUCCUGGCCCGGAGGGAAUCCCUUGAAGAGGACCUAGCGGAGAUGGCUGAUGACAGCACUGGUUUGGAGAAGACCAUUGUAAGCUCAGCCAUCUCUGCCAAGUCCCAGGUAAUUAGCUACAUUUCAGACAGCUCCGAGCCCAACAGCUGUGCCCUCUUCACAGACCUCGAGGACAUCACCUCCACACAUGUGAGACAGACAAGAACUAGUAGAUUGUUUAGUUAUUUGGGCUGUUUGAUUGUGAGGCAUCAACUCAAAUCUGUUUCUCUCUCUACGAAGGAGAAGGAGAAGGAAGAGGCUAUGAAGGAAGAAGUGAGGAAGUCAGGAAAGAAGAGGCAAAGAAAUAACAAGGACCAGAAGAAGAACAAGGUGUCUCCUCUUGGCAAUGAUAGUACUGUGGCUGCAGAUGAGCCGAAGAAAAAACAGGCUCUCCUCCCGCGGAUCACAGCUGCCCUGGCAAGACUAUUUUGCUUCCCCUGCAAAAAAAGAUGCAAAAAGUAACUGCAGAGACGAGUUUGGGAAACCCUGAUACCACCUCCCCCAACCAACUUUCUAAAAAAACAUCAGUGCCACCAGAAGAGGGAGACAACCCCCCCUAUUCACAACUAAUUUUAUUACCCCCCCAUUUAUUUAAUAAACACAACUUUCA